AUGGAGCGACCUGCCAAGCGGGUGCGCGUGUCUGACGAUGUCGAGGAGUCAGAAACGUCAACUCCCUCCGAAGGACCACGAUCUUUCACGAAACCGAUCAGUCCUCCAAGAAAGAGGAACCGGGAAGCUCGACGCAUUAGAUCUCCCUUCCAACUCACCUGGAUCCGAGACCUUCCAGAAGCGGCAAAUCGGGACGCAGUCUCACUCAAGGAUAUCCUUGGAGACCCUUUAAUCGCGGAAUGCUGGGAGUUCAACUUUCUGCACGACAUACACUUUCUGAUGAGCCACUUCGACGACGACACCAAGAACCUCGUCAAAGUCCAUGUUGUGCACGGCUUUUGGAAGAAGGAAGACCCCAACCGCCUGGCUCUUCAGGAAGAAGCUGCAUCCUACAGCAAUGUUGAGCUUCACGGGGCUUUCAUGCCCGAAAUGUUCGGAACUCAUCACUCGAAGAUGAUGAUCUUGAUUCGACACGAUGACUCGGCUCAAGUUAUCAUUCACACUGCAAACAUGAUUGCCAAGGACUGGACCAACAUGACCAACGCUGUCUGGACAUCCCCGAUGCUUCCACUUCUUAAGGAGAAAGAUAUCCCGACGAUAGACCACCCGAUUGGAACAGGCCAGAGAUUCAAACAUGACCUUCUGAGCUACCUGCGGGCGUACAAUGUCCGAAAGCCCAUUCUUCGGGAUCUGGUCGACCAACUGGGACAAUACGACUUCUCGAGCAUUCGUGCUGCGCUUGUUGCAAGCGUUCCUGGACGACACUCAGCCCACGACACUUCUCAAACGGCAUGGGGCUGGACAGCUCUUAAGCGUGCGUUACGCAACGUCCCUGUACAAGAGGGCAAGUCAGAAGUCGUGGUCCAAAUCUCAUCCAUCGCCACCUUGGGCGCAACUGAUAAUUGGCUUAAAAAAUGCCUCUUCGAGCCUCUGUCCGAGUCCAGCAACAAGUCGCUCAAUACGCCCAAACCGACAUUCAAAGUGGUUUUUCCUACGGCGGAUGAAAUCAGACGAAGCCUGGAUGGUUAUGCGUCGGGUGGGUCGAUUCAUACCAAGAUCCAAUCCCAACAGCAAGCGAAACAACUAGCCUACCUGCAGCCCAUCUUUUGCCACUGGGCAAAUGACGCUCCCAAUGGGAAGGCAUUGCCCGAGACAGCGACAGUGCAAGAGGCUGGCAGGAAGAGAGCGGCGCCGCAUAUCAAGACUUACAUCCGAUACGGAGAGAACUCGAUCGAUUGGGCCCUCGUCACGUCGGCCAAUAUAUCGAAGCAGGCAUGGGGUGAAGCGGCUAGUGCGUCGCAAGAAGUCAGGAUCGCAUCGUGGGAAAUUGGAGUACUCGUUUGGCCAUCGCUCAUCGCUGAAAACGCGAGGAUGGUGGGCACUUUCGAGACGGACAUACCACCCAAAGACACUUCGGACAGCAAUCCCGUGGUUGGAUUGAGGAUACCGUACGACCUCCCGCUUCAGCAUUACAGCAAGGACGAGAUACCCUGGGUCGCCUCGCUGGUUCACGCAGAGCCGGACAGGCUGGGUAGAGUUUGGGGCGUCGAGUAG